AUUGGAUAUUACUAACGUGUGCCUAACCCAAAGUUUGUGUUAUUUCACAAACUUUAAUUCAAUAUAUUUAAAACAAAAAAACAAAUUAAUUUUUCUUUUGAUAACUUAAUGAAUACUGACGAGAGAGACGCAAAUUUAAGAGAGAAUGACGAUCGUUCCCACUUCGUAGCUGUGACGACGAUAUCUGACUCGCAGGCGAUUCGUAGUGUUGAUUUCCAUCCAGAUGGCAAACUCUACGCCGUGGGUUCAAAUUCGAAGACAUUUCGAAUUUGCCAGUAUCCACAACUCUCCAAGCUAAGACAAGAUCAACAGACUUAUCCGCCCUCGGUGUUGUGCAAACGGACAAAACACCACAGAGGCUCCAUUUAUUGUACUUGCUGGUCUGCGGAUGGCGAACUCGUUGCCACUGGGUCCAAUGACAAAACUAUCAAGUACAUGCGCUUCAAUAAAGACACCAAUCAGCUGGUGGGCCAUGAGGUCGAACUUAAUAUGCACGAUGGCACUGUGAGAGACAUGUGUUUUCUCAAUAACUCAUCGACGAAAUCACGGUUAUUGGUCAGUGGUGGAGCAGGCGAUUGUAAGAUCUACGUCACCGAUUGUUUGACGGGAAUGCCCUUCCAAGUGUUUAGUGGUCACACUGGACACAUUUCAUCGCUUUACAGCUGGAACAAUGCCAUGUUCGUAUCGGGAUCCCAGGAUCAAACGAUACGGUUUUGGGAUCUCCGAGUGAACGUUGCGGUCAACUCAUUCGACAAUGAGUACAAGGGGGGAGCACUGCAAAAUUCUCCAGUAACAGCUGUUUGUGUGGAUCCAACAGGACGACUUCUUGUCUCAGGACACGCAGAUAGCGCUUGCCUUCUCUAUGAUAUACGUGGUAAUAGGAUUAUACAGCGUUUCUAUCCACACGAUGCUGAGAUCAGAUGCGUUCGAUUCUCGCCUUCGGCUUACUAUAUGCUCACAUGUAGUUACGACAACACUAUCAAGCUGACCGAUUUACAGGGGGAUCUGGCAAACGAUCUCGCGUCAGUGGUUGUGGCAAGGCAUAAAGACAAGGCGAUCACAAUCAGAUGGCAUCCGACCGAUUUUUCGUUUAUUUCAACGUCUGCGGACAAAACAGCGACAUUAUGGGCUCUACCUCCUUCUUAAUGUUUAGAUUGAUAAAUCUUUAUUAAUGCCUAUCUUCGGCAUAUAACGGAUACGGACAAAACAAAACAUGUUGGGAUUUUAUACUAUACAUUUUUAUUUUAUAAAAGAUUUUUAUAGUAGUAAUAAUAUUUAUUCUAGUAAUUUAAAUUGGGAAAUGAGAACAAAGACCUAUAACUUUUAUACUCGUCACU